CCCUACCCCCAGUUUUUAGGCUUCUGGUAUGAGAUUGCCUUUGCCACCAAGAUGGGUACACAGGGCUUGGCACACAAGGAGGAGAAGAUGGGAGCCAUGGUGGUCGAGCUGAAAGAGAACCUUCUGGCUCUGACCACCACCUACUACAGUGAGGACCACUGUGUGCUGGAGAAGGUUACAGCUACUAAGGGGGAUGGUCCGGCGAAGUUUCAGGUCACCAGACUAUCAGGAAAGAAAGAAGUUGUUGUUGAAGCCACCGACUACCUGACCUAUGCCAUAGUUGAUAUCACCUCUUUGGUGGCUGGGGCAGUCCAUCGGACCAUGAAACUGUACAGCCGGAGUUUGGACGACAAUGGGGAAGCCCUCUAUAAUUUCCGGAAGAUAACCUCGGACCAUGGCUUUUUAGAAACGGACCUAUACAUCCUCAAGCAAGACUGUGAGUAGGGCCUCACUGGGGUCAGGGCUUCCCAGGGAUGGACCAGACCCGAGCCUGUGCGGCCCUUUCACUUGGCUUUUGUCCACAGUAACCUGUGUGAAGGUAUUGCAAUCGGUGAGUCCCUGAAUGAAGCUGGGCACCUGGGGUGGGCGGGGGCUCCUUUCUGUCACAUUGGCAAAGGACCACUUACACUGGUCUGGUGUCUGAGGGGAGCUGGAGUAUGUCUGAUCACACUUCCUGGAGCGGGCAGAUCCAAGUUCCAGAGCUUAGGCUGCCAGAGGGCCGAGAGGCCUCAGGUGUCCCCUCUGGGCACAGCAGCCAGGCGAAGCCUCGGUGGUGGGGUCUGGCACUCUCCCGCCUUCAUUUCAUGUUGCCUCGCCCUCCAGGCUGGCGAAUCAAGGCCCUGAAGCAGGUGAGCACGCAUCCUUCAUUCUAAACUGCAGCCUGUGUGUUCUGACACGGAUCCGGGCCCCGGUGGUGUGUAUACCUGUCCUCUGGUCAGGAUGCCCAACGGCACUGUUUGACAGUUCCAGAGAGGCUGUGGUUUGGAAAGAGACGCCGUCUGUAACAUGAGACCAAGCUGUCAGGCUAAGUCCUAGAGGGAAGGGGGUGGGUGGAUAGGCGAGCUUGUGGACGUUGGGACAGAGCCGGCUGGUACGGCCCUUGUUCUGCUCAGCAUGGACUACUGCCUGAUUCUGUCCUUUCACGUG